AAACUGCGAAUCAUGCAAAAUGGCGGACGCCCCGAAACCGAAAGUUGAUUUUUCGGCGGACGGCGUCCGAAAUUUCAUCAUUAAACAAGGUGGAAAGGUCAGCAAUGUUGCUGUUGUUGGGCAUUUCAUGAGCUUCCUGCGACACCCGGAUAAGGAAGUUAGAGAGGAAAAUCGUAAAAAGUUCAAGGAGUUUAUGAAUGAAGUAGCAGUAGUCAAGAAAGAUGAAAAGGAUGAUAAAAUUGUCGUACUCAAAAGAAAAAAGGAGAAAGAAAAGAUCAAUUAUGGUGACUUCGUGGAACUGCCCAGGCUUGUGGUCUUUCAAGACAAGGAUCCCUUGCAGCCUUCCACGGAUUCCUCCGAGCCGUUACCAGUGCCGCCAGUCCGGCGGUCCAAACAGGCCAAGAGGAGUAGCAGCGAGGAGGAGGUGCAGCCCGCUGCAAUGGUGAUGGGCCCAUCCACUGAAGGCAAGAUUCCGGAGUAUACAGGGCCCAAGGAGCAACAGGAUGUGAUCAGUUCUAAAGAAGGGGAGCGGAUUAUCGACCAGAAGAGACAGAUCCAGAGUGUCAGGAGCUUUGCCGACAUCUUUGACCAAGAGGUCCAGUCCCAGAAAGAGGAAGCCGAGAGGUUAAGGUCACCGGCCAAGAUGGCAAAGAAGAAUGCCGAGCAGGUGGCCAGCACAGAACCCGAGGCUGAGACAAACAGACAAGAGGACAUACUCAAAGAGGAUGAACCAGCUCCCUUAAUUUCGCCUAACUCUCCCAGGAACAGUGCCAGCUGUGAGGAUUUGCUCUUGCCACAGCCUGGACUGCAGUCCAGCGGCACCAUGCAAUCCAUUAGCAGUGAGGCCAGCACCUCGUGUAGUACAGAUACUGUAGUGCAUUGGCAUCAGCUGGACCCUCUUGAGCACCAGUGGAUGAUGGAGUCUGCCAAGGCCAACUUGGCUGCGCUGUCCAACCUCCUUAAACAAGACAUCAAACUCGCUGGGAAGAAGGAUUUCAUCACGGGGUUUGUAAGUACAUGGCACUUUUUCUUAUUCUUGUCUGUUGAAACAAAUGCAACAUGGUUUGUCAGGGAAUCAGGCACUGCUGCGGACGGAGAAACAGUUUGGGGAAAAUAA